AUGGCAUUCGCGUGCUGCGAGAUUCUGGGGAUAGAUGAGUAUGCGCCCCUGGACGAAGUGAACCGCGCCUACAAACGCCUUUCGCUCGUUUAUCAUCCAGACAAGACGAAGGGCAUGACCGCACAGCAGCAGGAGGAUUAUGAGACAAUCUUCAUCUCGGUGAAGAACGCUCACCUGGUGCUAGGAGACCAGCCUACGCGGAGACAGUAUGACAAGGACCGCGACCAAGACAAGGCGAAGGAAGUCGUCAGCGGGGUGAAGGCUCCUUCAUCCCAGCACGUGGACCUCACGGAGGUCUUGAAGCGCAUCAGCGAGAUGCAGAGGCCUCCCGGUAAAGUUGUCGAGGUUCCGCUCGAAGUAGAGCUCGAGCAAUUUUUCUAUGGCGUCCACAAGGCCAUUUCCCGGGAGAGACGCGUCAAAGACUUCUACGCGGGCAUGAUCAACCAGGAGCAUGUGUACAGAUUCCACGUUCCACGAGGGGCUCGAGAGCCCCUGGAGUUGACCUUCAAGGAGCAAGGGGAUCACAACCCCGACACAAGACCGGACACUGUAAAGUUCUGUGUCACCGCUCGACCACACGGGGUGGUUACCAGGCGAGAACGUGACCUUGUGAGAAAAGAGGCCAGGCUAGUUGCAACACAAAUCGAAGACCUGGGCAGUAUGGCCUGGGCAAGGACAUUCAGCUUUCCGCUGGAUCGUUGGCGAAGGCACAGCAGUUAUGUGGCAUGCCAGUCUACAGCGCAAUCGUGCCUACUUCAGUUCGGAGGCGUACUUUACCGCUCAAGUGCCUGGGCUUCGAGGGCGGAGGCAGAAGUUAAGCUUGAGGAUGCCAGCGCUGGCCCAGUGGCAGACCGGGCCAAGGACAUCGAAAAACUGAAGCUUGCGCUGAUUGCAGGCUGCUCGUUUGGGGAAGGAACCCAUUCCACAGCAGCUGGAGGUGCCAGAAGACCUUGUGAACAUACACAGUGUCUGAAGCUAUGUGAAGGUCUGAUUGCGUCGGUGUCGAUUCCACCCUUGUGGUGA